AUGCGACUGGUCUUCGCAGCUGUUGUAUUCAUCGUGGCCGUGGCAACCAGCCACGCCGUCGUGAUCGAUCUUCACAAGCCGGUGCAAAUCUGCUCGGCACAGAUGCUGGUCGACAUUGUCAACAAUGUCUGCCAGACGCCGCUAACGGCCGCUCGACGUCGUAGGAGGAGUCUCCGCGAUUCUGAGGAGAUGAUUGAUGGCGUCACGCGCAUUGUGGGAAACACAAGGCGGACCAUGCAGAAGCAUUCGCUGAAACUGCCUCGCACACUGGUGCGGGAUUUUGCCAACACCUGCUGCUACACGCCGUGCCCACCGUCCCGUUUCAUCGAUAUCUGCUGACCGAGAUGAGCCUAACACUACGGAUACUUUCGAAAAGCACAAGGAACCUGGCAACGUAACUUCAUGGCACCUGGCGUCCGGAGCACUCGUCCUGUCCACAGUUCAAAAAUGCACAAUCGACACUAAGACGUCUUGUGAUAGCACUGCAAAACGGGAGCACAUUUUUAAUAUUAUAUUUUUUCGGUGAUGUAUAUAGAGAAGGCUACAUAUGUACCAAACACUUUAUACUAUUUUGUCAAUGGGCCGGGACAAUGCAAUGUUCGUGCUUUUAGUUUUUAUAUGUAUCGAUCGUUUUAUCGUCGUUU